GCCGCCCAGCCUGCCGCCCAGUUGCCGGUCUGCGGCCUCUGGAGGCGUCGGGUGUCUGCCGGCUCCUGAGCCGGCGUUUACAGCUCAGCUGGGGGCCCGGUGGGCCCGGCCUACAGUUUUAACAGAAGGGAGCAGGGGGUCACUCGCAGGCCCCUAGGAUCUUCCCGAUCCCCGCAGCCUUCCCAGGCCGGCUAGGGAGAAGCUGAGGCGCUCUGACGCUCUGCCCAGUGCCGUCGCCGCCAUGAUGGAGCGGAAGUGAGGCGCGGGGCGAGGGCUGCCGGCGCCGGCGUCUGGAGUUCCCGUCCCCGCCGCCCCUGCUCGGCGGACCGCGGACUCGCCCUGCUCUCGCAACUCCGGAGCCUCAGCCCCAGGCGCCUUCUCUCCGAGUCUGAGCGGCGGGGAGCGGCUCCUGGCCGCCGGGAAGAUGGCGGACCCGGCCGAGUGUAACAUCAAAGUGAUGUGUCGCUUCAGACCCCUCAACGAGUCGGAGGUGAACCGCGGCGACAAGUAUGUCGCCAAGUUCCAGGGAGACGACACAGUCAUGAUCGCGUCCAAACCUUAUGCAUUUGAUCGGGUAUUCCAGUCAAGCACAUCCCAAGAGCAAGUAUACAAUGACUGUGCAAAGAAGAUUGUUAAAGAUGUACUUGAAGGAUAUAAUGGAACAAUAUUUGCGUAUGGACAAACAUCCUCUGGGAAGACACACACAAUGGAGGGUAAACUUCAUGAUCCAGAAGGCAUGGGAAUUAUCCCAAGAAUUGUGCAAGAUAUUUUUAAUUAUAUUUACUCCAUGGAUGAAAAUUUGGAAUUUCAUAUUAAGGUUUCAUAUUUUGAAAUAUAUUUGGAUAAGAUAAGGGACCUAUUAGAUGUUUCAAAGACCAACCUUUCAGUUCAUGAAGACAAAAACCGAGUUCCCUAUGUUAAGGGGUGCACAGAACGUUUUGUGUGUAGUCCAGAUGAAGUUAUGGAUACCAUAGAUGAAGGAAAAUCUAACAGACAUGUAGCAGUUACAAAUAUGAAUGAACAUAGCUCUAGAAGUCACAGUAUAUUUCUUAUUAAUGUAAAACAAGAAAACACACAAACAGAACAAAAGCUGAGUGGAAAACUUUAUCUGGUUGAUUUAGCUGGUAGUGAAAAGGUUAGUAAAACUGGAGCUGAAGGUGCUGUGCUGGAUGAAGCCAAGAACAUCAACAAGUCACUUUCUGCUCUUGGAAAUGUCAUUUCUGCUUUGGCUGAGGGUAGUACAUAUGUUCCAUAUCGAGAUAGUAAAAUGACAAGAAUUCUUCAAGACUCACUUGGUGGUAACUGUAGAACCACUAUUGUAAUUUGCUGCUCUCCGUCAUCAUAUAAUGAGUCUGAAACAAAAUCUACACUCUUAUUUGGUCAAAGAGCCAAAACAAUUAAGAAUACAGUUUGUGUCAAUGUGGAGUUAACAGCAGAACAGUGGAAAAAGAAGUACGAAAAAGAGAAAGAAAAAAAUAAGACCCUUCGGAACACCAUUCAGUGGCUUGAGAACGAACUCAAUCGGUGGCGUAACGGGGAGACAGUGCCUGUUGAUGAACAGUUUGACAAAGAGAAAGCCAAUUUGGAAGCUUUCACAGUAGAUAAGGAUAUUACUAUUACCAAUGACAAACCAGCAGCCACGAUUGGAGUUACUGGAAGUUUCACUGAUGCUGAAAGAAGGAAGUGUGAAGAAGAAAUUGCUAAAUUGUACAAGCAACUUGAUGACAAGGAUGAAGAAAUUAACCAGCAGAGCCAACUAGUAGAGAAACUAAAGACACAAAUGUUGGAUCAGGAGGAGCUUCUGGCAUCUACUAGAAGGGAUCAAGACAAUAUGCAAGCUGAGCUGAACCGCCUUCAAGCAGAAAAUGAUGCCUCUAAGGAAGAAGUAAAGGAAGUUUUACAGGCCUUAGAGGAACUUGCUGUCAAUUAUGAUCAGAAGUCUCAGGAAGUUGAAGAUAAAACUAAGGAAUAUGAAUUACUUAGUGAUGAAUUAAAUCAGAAAUCGGCAACUUUAGCAAGUAUAGAUGCUGAGCUUCAGAAACUGAAGGAAAUGACCAACCACCAGAAAAAAAGAGCAGCUGAGAUGAUGGCAUCUCUGCUGAAAGACCUUGCAGAAAUAGGAAUUGCUGUGGGAAACAAUGAUGUAAAGCAGCCUGAGGGCACUGGCAUGAUAGACGAAGAAUUCACUGUUGCAAGGCUGUACAUUAGCAAAAUGAAGUCAGAAGUCAAAACAAUGGUGAAGCGCUGCAAACAGUUAGAAAGCACACAAACUGAGAGCAACAAGAAGAUGGAAGAAAAUGAGAAGGAGUUAGCAGCAUGCCAGCUUCGUAUUUCUCAGCAUGAAGCCAAAAUCAAGUCAUUAACUGAGUAUCUUCAAAAUGUGGAGCAAAAGAAAAGACAGCUAGAGGAAUCUGUUGAUUCACUCAGUGAAGAACUGGUCCAGCUUCGAGCACAAGAAAAGGUCCAUGAAAUGGAAAAAGAGCACUUAAAUAAAGUUCAGACUGCAAAUGAAGUCAAGCAAGCUGUUGAACAGCAGAUCCAAAGUCACAGGGAAACUCAUCAAAAACAGAUUAGUAGUUUGAGAGAUGAAGUUGAGGCAAAAGAAAAACUUAUAACUGAUCUUCAAGACCAAAAUCAGAAAAUGAUGUUAGAGCAAGAACGUCUAAGAGUAGAACAUGAAAAAUUAAAAGUUACAGAUCAGGAAAAGAGCAGAAAACUACAUGAGCUUACGGUUAUGCAAGAUAGACGAGAACAAGCACGGCAAGAUUUGAAGGGUUUGGAAGAGACAGUGGCAAAAGAACUUCAGACUUUGCACAAUCUGCGCAAGCUCUUUGUUCAGGACUUGGCCACCAGAGUUAAAAAGAGUGCUGAGAUUGAUUCUGAUGAUACUGGAGGCAGUGCUGCUCAGAAGCAGAAGAUCUCAUUCCUUGAAAAUAAUCUUGAGCAGCUCACCAAGGUGCACAAGCAGUUGGUACGUGACAAUGCAGAUCUUCGUUGUGAACUUCCUAAGUUAGAGAAGCGACUUCGAGCUACAGCCGAGAGAGUGAAAGCUUUGGAGUCAGCACUGAAAGAAGCCAAAGAAAAUGCAUCUCGUGAUCGAAAACGCUAUCAGCAAGAAGUAGACCGCAUAAAGGAAGCAGUCAGGUCAAAGAACAUGGCUAGAAGAGGACAUUCUGCACAGAUUGCUAAACCUAUUCGUCCUGGGCAACAUCCAGCAGCUUCCCCAACUCAUCCAAGUGCGAUUCGUGGAGGAGGAGCAUUUGUCCAGAAUAGCCAGCCAGUAGCACUGCGAGGUGGUGGAGGCAAACAGAUGUAAACAUGUCUGCAUAUUCACAGGUAUUGAAAAACAAUUGAAGUAUGAAGAGGUUAUAGUAUCAGUAGUCAUUCAGUGACUGUAACCUCUGCUCCCUUGGGAUUGUAGAAUUAUAACUUUUUAAAAAAUGUAUAAAUGACACCUGGCCUGUACAGCUGUUUCCUACCCACUCUUGUAAACUCUGCUGCUUCCCAACACAACUAGAGUGCAAUUUUGGCGUCUUAGGAGGAGAAAUGACAGUUUACAACUGUGGCCCUAUUUAUUACACAGUCGUCUUUUGUGUCUUAAUUUUAGUCUUUACUGUGCCAAGCUGACUGUACCUUAUAGGACUGUGCUUUUUGUAUUUGCUUUUUGUUUAUAUGUUUGUUUUUUAAUUUCAGUUUAAAUUACUUAGUAGCUACUACUUCCUUUUUUCUUUUCCUACUAAAUGUCUUCCUUUUUGUAGGGGAAAUGGAACAUUUAGUUUAAGUGUCUUAAAUGUUACCAUUUACAACACUACAUGCCCACAAAAUAAUCAGGUCAGUGCUAUAUUUUAAAAUCCCUUGCAGUGAAAUCAGGGUUAAAAUUAUUUGUAUUGCCUUUGGCAUUUGCUCCUGGAAACUUGUCUGAGUGUGUAGCCUUAAAGCUGCCUGGCUAGGCUUGAGACUAAUUAGACGAUCGUCAUCUUAUGAGAUUGUCAUCUCAUGCCGUGCCUGUUGCCCAGUUACUCUGAUGGGAAGCCAGUCUCAGUUAGCUUGGAAAAGGAACUGCAUCUCUCUUCCUAAUUCUGUACUUAACAUAUCUUGAUGGAAUGAAAAAUCCCCUGCUUCAUUCUGAUGAGCCUGCUAGCUAAUAGAGUUGGGCAGGUAGUAAUUUGUCAUUUUUAUUAUAGUAAAAUUAAGAUAUUAUGGGAUUAAACAUAAUUACUAUAUUGGCUGAUAUAAAUUUAUAAGCUGUGAAAAUGGAGAAAAAUUCAAAGAAACGACAGAUACAUAGUAAAAUUUAAAAUGCAUAGGUAAAUUUUGGUCAGAAAUCUUUGAUGUGUUUUUAACGUGCACUAAGUCAUACACUAUAAUUUUUUUUAUUUAGUGUAGAAAUAGUGGUAUGCAAGUCAUUGUACUUUACAGUACACAGUAAAGUACACUUGGCCAUUGUUCAUAAUUUUGUAAUAGCACUGUGUGCCUGUUUUGCCACUUCUUCCUCAGAUUAAGCUACGUCGGCAGUUUAUUUUGGACAGCUAUAAAAAUAAUAGGGAAAGUGAUUUCAUUGUGUCUUCAUCUGUGAUGGAGGUGACUAACUGUGGCAGAAGUUUGCAGAGAAUGGGUUUAUAAGGUUAUUCAGUCAAUUUAGAGACUUGCAAAGUUCUGUGUUAGGAUCUGGCUGGCAGAAUUAACUUUUUGAAAAGUUUUAUAUACAGAUAUUUGUAUUAUUAAAUUUGGAGCCAUAAUUACAAGACUCAGAUCAUAAUUGGCUUAUUUUUCUAUUUCCUUAACUAUUGUAAUUUCCACUUUUAUAAUAAGUUCGAUUUGAAAGAUUUAUUUAUUUUUUUAACAAUCAAAAAUUCUUGCUGUUGUAGUCUGCAGCCUUUAAAAUGAUUGGGUUGCUUUUAGGGUACUAAAAGAAAGCUCCAGAAGUUGAGAGGAAAGUGUGUUGCAACAAGAUAGAAGUAAUGCAGUUAACAAAGGAAGUGCUACAGGGUCCAUGAUGAUAGUUUGCUAAAUGUGAGAAAUUUGGCUACAUCCAUAUUGACAUUUUUUUUUCAAAUACAAACUUGGUUUUUGGCAAUAUUCAUAAAGGAAAUGAUUUUUGUUCCUCUUACCUGAUUCUAUAGUUAUGAUAUAUUAUGGGUAUCGGUGCUGUGUAACAAACAAUGGAUUGUAACUAGCAUGUGGUUCAGAAUACAUAUUUUUUAAAUAUCUUAAUGGUUCUUUUCUAUUUAUAACUUCAAACUUUCAUAAAGUACACCAAGAAUUUCAUAAAUUUGUUUUCGGUGAACUGCUCUUUUUGCUGUGAUAGGUCAUUAAACACAGCAUUUCUUAUAAAUGGAAAUUUCUUGAUUAUCUAGAGUAUUGACACCUACUUCAAUUUGCAGUGUCUUUUUUUUUUUUUUUUUUUGGACUGGAUAUAUUAAUGUUCCUCUGAAUGGUAUUGAUAAAUAGUUCAGAAGAGAAAUUCAAUGAAAUAAAAAUAUUUAUUCAUGGUGAUCAAUUAAGUUAUUUGCUUAACUUAAGAAAACUAACUACUGUGCAUAACUCAAUUUUUUUGUAACAGUUUUGACAUGAGGUGACAGUAGAGUCUGAGUCUACCUGUGGAAUAUGCUAGAUUGUUUUCAGUGCUUGAAAAUACACUCAGAGGUAAUUGGCUUGGGAAGACGCCAUAUAAUUUUAAGUUAACCUGCAUGCCAUAAAUGUGUUUUAUGUCUAAAUAAAAAGGAAACAUUUUGAAAUGUAA